CCUUUUAGCUCUAUUAGCAAAUUCGGGACCUUUAUUACCCUAUGGGUCAGAUUCGUGGUGGCACAUAAUUCCUUUUGUCCCAAAUCUUUCAUUACUCAUUACGCUGAUAUACAUUACAUAUUAUAUUCUAUUGGAACCGUUUGCUGGGGCUUUAUAUUCCGUAAUACUCUUAUACAUGGUAUAUCAUGCAACUAACUUCAAUGCUUCAUAUCCAAAUCACAAUACACUUGCUUUCAUUGUUCAUAUCACUUCAUGGAUUGCACAAUUUAUUGGUCAUGGGUUUGCCGAAAAAAGAAGCCCAGCCUUAAAGGAUAAUUUUACACAAGCAAUCCUUCUUGCUCCCUUAUUUGUCUGGCUGGAAGUCCUUUUCUCAAUAGGAUAUCGAUCAGAACUUCAGAAAAGAGUAGGCUCAGGAGUUGAUCUUGCUAUCGCUAAAUUCAAAAAAGAAAAAUCAAAAGGAUCAAAAAGCUAA